CAAAAAUCAACAAACUAAAAAAAUUUGACGAUUUUUUUCAUCAUCAUUAAUUUUUGUUAAUCUUGAAGGAAUUAAAAAAUCAACAACCUUGAAUUCAGAAAAUAAUAAUAUCGGAAUACAAAGAUUACAUUCUAUACAAGAAGAAGAAUAUCAUCAUCAUCACGAUCUAAAUUAUCAAAUUAAUAUUUUAAAUAUUAAAUACAAUUAAAUAUCAUCAUAAUAAUAUUUAUACAAAUAAUAGAAAAAUGGGGAGAUUGGUAACACCAAAGAGAAAAAUAGCAGCUACAGGAGUUCUAUUCAUCAUUUCUAUAAUCGUUUCAAUUGUUUGUUUGGGAGUUGGAGCAUAUUUUGCCAAAUCAUAUUGGGAUUUCAUUCAUGAUGCUUUUCAUAGUACAGAAAAACCACUCCUUACCGAAUCUACACAAUGUACUGUAUUGAAUGAUAAGGAAAAUUGUCGAAUUGAAGAAGGAAAGACAGUUGAUGGUGUUAAAAUGGAUGUUAAAUAUUGUCAUCUUGCAGUUUCUUAUUCAUAUAAUGGUCAAGUGCAUCAUAAUACUACUUUGGAUGAUUUUGCUAAAUACUAUAGAAUUUCUAAUCAAUCUUCAGAUUGGAUUGAAUUGAAAGCUGACCAAUAUGGAUUUACUGUUUAUUCCACUAAUAGUACAGUUGCUUGUUAUGCUAGUAAGGAAUAUCCUGAUUGGUUUGUUGGAAUUGCUGAGAGAACACUCUUUUAUUAUUACACUAAUAUUCAAUCCUUCUUGACUUCUAGUUCAAUAAUUGCAGUUGUUACAUUAAUUCCUGCAGCUUUAUGUAUUAUUUUUGUAAUGAUUCCAGCUUUUAUUUGCUUGAUUUAUCAAUGUAGAAGAAUUAGGAAAUUAUUACCUGAAAACUUGGUUGGUGAACAACACUUUAAACAUCAAGCAAUGGGUGGUCAUGAGGAUGAAAUCAGUGAUGAAGAAGAUGAUCAUCACACUAAGAGAAAUAAGAAUUACUUUUAAUCUAAAUGUGAAGGGAAAUUCAAAAAUAAAAAUUAAUUUAUU